AUGGGCCUUUCCUGCUCUUCCUUGGGCGCUGGCGCGAAAAGUGACGUCAUAUCUCCAGAGGACCUGCAUAAGAAGAACGUCCCUAUUUCUUGCCAAGGCGCUAGUGCAGAGCCGAAAGCAGAGAAAACUGCAGCCGUGGAUUUGAAGCCCACCCCCUCCGUCGUCAUCUCUUGGGUCCUUGAUGACGUUUUUAGAAACACGUGGGAACUGAGCAGAGAGGAGGGAGAAAUGCGUGAAGUUCAACUGGAGGCUCAUGCAAAUCGGCUGUGGAGUUGCUGGGAGAUGCACGGCGACGAAUUUGCUAUGGCUUUUGCCGAGGAACUCAUGGCACGUGUAGAAUUCAUAAUGUGCUCAGACAGUCAGCUUAGAGAGGUCGCUCCUUUUCUUGUGGGGCUGUUUGGUGCCUGCACAAGCGGCCCAAGCCUCCACAUCACAAGGGGUUCGCAGGAGCUUUGGCCUUUUGUUCUGGAGGAGAUCCGUCGGAAAAACGAGCGGUUGGCCCAUGGAGCGGAAUGGGCGGCACCUGAAACAACGGACUGGCGGUACAAAAUAUCUAACUUUCUCUUUUAUCUGAAGUACCACUUGAUGCAAUUUAGCGAAGGCGAACAGUCUACUGAAGCGUCAAGCGAUCUGAGGAAAGCAAUCGACAAGGUCACAUCAGAGCUUAGGAUGGAGCAGAAGAAAGCACAACAAGAGCAAGCGGACAGGAAAGCUGAAGCGAAAAGACUAGCUAAAGAAGCGGAGCUCAAGGCCAAAAGAGAGCAGUUCAAGGCCAAAAGACAGAGAUUCAAAGAUUGCUUGAAAAGAGCGCCUUGGGACAAGGAAGAAGUGGCGGGCGAGGAGAAGGCCGACCCAGACUUACACAUCACCAGAGGUUCGCACGAGCUUUGGCCUAUCGUUUUUGAGGAGCUCCGCCGGAAGCACAAGCAGCUGGCCCGAGGAGCGGAAUGGAUGGCACCUGAAACGACGAGCUGGCGGGAGAACGCUCUUGAGCCUUUUCUCCGUUAUAUGGAGUCCGCACUACCUAAUCGCUACGAGGAAGUUCCGAGCCGUUUAAGAAACACAGUAGAAAAGCUCACAGCAGAGCUGUCGACUGAGCAGACAAGAGUGAGAGAAGCGCGGUACAAGGCCGAGAGGGAAGCUCAGGACGCGCAAUACAAAGCCAAACUGGAGCAGUUCAAGGCUUCUGUGAAAAAAGCGCCGUGGGACAAUGGAGCAUUGGCAGGCGAGGAGAAAGCAUGA